UGUCAAUUUUGCGAUCUGGGUUCAUUUAAAAUUCCCGCUAAUAUUGUGACGCAAACUGCUACAAGAAGCUCAUUGCCUGAAGCGAAAAGGCUUGCUAGGUCGCGCAUUCACCUGUGGCUUUUCAACCUGCUUCGCUGUUCACCAACUCCCUAAUGAGUUAUUGUCUGAUUUAUCGGGAGUGACUUAUGACAUACGCCGUGACGCUGGUAUAUAAUCGGGUGCUUCAAUACAAAAAAUAAGUCUUAACAAAACUGUUGAUUCCAUAUCCCAUGACCGUGAAUAUCCUUGUUUGGCUGCGAUAUCACUUUUUUAAUUGGACAAUACGAUGUAGGAUGGUUCUAUUGGCAAGCCUGCUAAAGAUGACGAGCGCCAGUGACGAGCCUCUAAUGUAUACACUUCUGCACCUGCAUUUGCGAACCAUCUUCAAGCAUUGACAGAACCGGGAAGAACACGUGUGAUGAGUACAGUGAAGAAGUUGUUCGAAGAUAGUUUAUUUGAUGGAAAUCUGUAACAAAUGUAUAGUUGAAAAACACGUAUUUUUUUCUCGCUUUACGUUAUUUGACGAUUUUGGGAAGACAAUCAUGUAAUCACACUGCUAAGAAUGAAUAUCAGUCAAUAAGAAAUAAUAAUUUCAUGCCGAAUUGCUUUAUAAUUAUUCUGUAGAACAAGAUACAGUAUUUUACACCGAUAUUGUACAAUGUCGUAUCUUGGUGAUGUACUUCAUCCAGCUCUCCCAGUCAAGCCUUUACGUGAAUCAGUGGAUGAAUCAAAACCUCCAAGCACAGCAGAAGAGUACCUGCAAAGGGUUGUCUUAGAAGCAGCUGGCUGCGAGGAUGUUGUAGUUGCAGAAGUUGAUCGAACACAGUUUGCUAGUAAGCAAACUGGUGUUUUUCAGAAUAUCCCUGGUUGUGCUCAAGCACCAUCUCAUCUUACACCCAGUCUUGAAUGGCAACAAAAACAAGUAUCUGACUUUUCUAUGGUUAGAAGAAAGUUAGCUCAAAUGAAAUCUCUACCUGCCCCAGUUUCUAGUGUUGAGUUGCCGGAUGAAGAUGAUGAAAAAGGCUGGCUUUUAUUUUGUCUGGGGAGUGAAGUACAAAUAUCGCAUUUGGACAAAGAAAUGGGUAAUAGUGAAACUGAAGCUGUUGAAGGUCAACUGCCUCUCGUUAGUACUAUUGUUUCAAUGAAUCAGCCCACUGUGGAGCAAAUAUUGGAUUAUCAUAUAAACUGGCUUCAAGAAUCUACACAACUAACGACUCAGCAAGGUCGCUGGCUGUAUGCCUUACUGGCGGCUUUGGAAUUACCUCUUACACCAGAAAUAUGUUUCCUAUUACGAACAUUAGCUAGAGAAUGUUCACGACUUCGUGCUCUUGUUGCAGAAGUGGAAUCUCAACAAGAAAUGGUAUCACCUUUGAAUUUGUUAAUUUGUCUUGUAGCCCUUUACUUUAGACAGGCAGAUCUUGCUGAUGUUUGAAGAAGAGAAAUGAAAAUUUUUUUGUUCCAAGUUUCAAUGUAAAUAGUUGGCAGAUAUAAUUCAGUUGUUUAAUUCAGCUCAUCCCAUGUAUGAAAAUCAUAUAUGUGGAAAAUAGAAUGUAACAAUAUUUUUUGAAAUGUAUUUGAUAUUCUGUUUCAAUAAAUUAUUUGAUAUGUAAUA